AUUUGAUUGCAAACUAACCUUUUAUUUAAAACUAAGAAUAAAUACGGUAAACCUAACCUAUCGCAGCUUUUUCGGGACUAAAUUUCGAUUACUGCAACAGAAGACGAACUCUUCGCUUGCCAAACCACGAAAAUAAGCUACCUAGCUACUGUUUACGAGCGCAUCUGGAAAUCGUGGAGCGUUUAUAUUCAUUGAUCAUUUACAAUUUACAUCUUGCUGAUAAGCCAAUGUUACGGAAAUUGACAAGGAAGUCAAUGCAUCGUUUUAUCGUCGUUUAUAGCAUUGUGACGUCAAAAUGAGCAAACGUCGUAAGGGUAAACGGGCUCAGGCGGUCGAACGGUAGCGUAAAGCGUUCCGUAGAACUGUUGUAGGGAUGGGUGAGACGCUUCACUCUUGAACUCCGUUGGUUUCCAUGUUCAGUGUGUCAGGAAAAUGUCCUGCCUUUUGCCGCGUUUGCAGAUACCACCAAAUAGUAGCAGCUUUCGACAGUAUUACGAGAAGUAUAGAUCGAAAUGUAGCAUGAAAUACCCUUUCCUCAGUCCGAGUCAAAUCAGAACAAAGUUACUGGAUAGAUGGCGUAAAACUUCAUCUUACAACAAAAGGUGCGAAGAAAACAGAAACGAAGAAAGCGAUGAAUCAAUCAAGCAGUUUGAAUUGAAACAGAGUUAUGGAGCUGCAUCGGAAGAUGUUAUACUGAAUGUAAAAAAGAAGAAUGUUAUCGCAACGGCAGAUUUAAUAGAACUAUGUACAGGGGAACAAAUAAAAACAGGCAACUUGGAACAAGUCACUGACGAUAUAGAAUGGAGCUCCACUAAGAAAUCCACUUCGAAUCCAAAAUGGCUUACUGGCGACAUGACAAAAACAAAAGUAAUGACUCCUCCAAGUUCAGGCAAGCAAAAACGACAUAAAAGACGUAAAAAAUGUACUUCCGAUAGCGGCAUAAGCUCAUUGGAAAGGGAGACAAAGAUAUCUCCCAAUCAACAAAGCACACCUCGAAAUCGCAACUCGCCCAAAAUAUCUGAGGCUCUAGUCGAGAAAGAAUUAUGCUCUGAAACAAUUGAACCUUCAUCCAACGAAGUGGAGGAACAAGUUUCGUUCACUUACGACAAAUCGACACGUGAAUUUUGUUAUCUAUUCCCUUCGGAUGUUGAAAACUAUAAACAAGAAUCUUCAUUAGAAGAAGUUUCAACGAACGAUCCUAAAUUCCGAUCUUUUGAUGAAAUUUGUGCCGAGAUUUCUGGCUGUGAUAUGGAAACAACAAUAAAAGCGGUUGACACUCCCGCUUUGUCAAAAAGAUUAGAACUAUCUAGUAAACUUGGGAGUGUAUUUUGUUAUCAACCAAGCUUUGAGGAUGUGUGUGCUAUGCACGGCAUUGAUUCGUCGAUUGAAAUCGAGGAUUUGACAUGUGAUUUAUUAGAGGAAAGUACUGAAAGAAGAGUACUGAAUUUACAGCUGAAGAAACAUGAAACUGAUCUAGUUUUUACAGCAGGUAAUGGCGAUAUAGGUACGGCAUCUAAAAUUAAGUUCGAACCAGAAUCUGACUUUCAAAUAGCCAACUACGAAGUCGAACAAAAAGACAGUAAGGAGAAUGAUGCCCUACAGAAUGUAGAAAAAACAGACAGUGACCAAAAUAUAGAAGAUUGUAAGAUAACAUCCUCUUUUACGAAGCAUGACAAACAAUUAAAUGAUAAUAUAAACCCCUCACAGUUAAAUGAGGACAUUGUUGCUGACACAAGUCCAAAAAUUGACGUCUCUCGUUGUCCUAGACACACUGAUGCUACAACCAUUUGCAAUAUUCCAAAAUUUUCCGAAUCUACGAAUGACGAGGAAUUGACCAACUCAAUCGAAGAAAGCGAGAUGAAGAUCCCAUGCAGUCAAACUUGCGAAUCUCAAGGCAGUGAGACAUCCAGUGUAGAAAUUACAAGCGGACAACCAUUUACUCAAUCAUCAAGUGACUGCUCUUCAUUUUCAAACUCGCAAACUCCAUUUAACAGUAGUUUCUCGACUAUUUCUUCGCAGCUUAGUUUGUCUGUGGAUGGUAGAAGAAAGAGACGCAAAAAAUGUAUCGAAGAAGUGGUGACCAAAUUGAGAUGCGAAAAAGAAAAGCUUAUGAUCAACUCAUCAGAUAAUUUGAUUCAUAAAAAUGUGGAAUCAACAUCUGAUUCUGGCCCUUGCAAAUCGGUGAAGAAGUCAAAAACUAAAUUAGAUGCUAAUGAAGACCAAUCAAAUUCUCCACACACCAAGCAACCAGUUGUUCAACUUGAAAAGUUGCAGCUGGAUCGUUCUGUCAAUCAGCUUCUUCUCGGUGGAGUUCAAUUUUGGAUGAUUAACAAAGGAUCCUCAUAUCAGUUAUUAGACUCAGAUAGUACCUGGACCGAUGUCACAGACAUUGAUGAAAGUUCGCAGAAUUCAAGUGUGCAGGAGAGAAUGCGAUUGCAAAAUACUGGAAAAAUCAAUGGAAGUCUAACUGAUGUCGAAAUAUGUAAAAAUAGCGAGUCAUCAUAUCCUGCCAUUGAUGAAGUUUGUAUAGAAAAAGCAGAGGCCUCGACUUCGAGCGACGAAACUGCACAAAGCUCUUUCAUCUGCGAAACAGUUGCUACCGAAAAACGAGAGAGUGACGUCGAAAUGCACCAAUCAGAAUCGCCACGGCGCGAUCUCGCGAAGGAAAAAGGCGCAGACGGAAGCACAGAUAUGACGCUCUCUAAUGUCGACGUCAUCAAAAGAUCACAAAUAAAAAACGGAAUGAAAAACUGUGUCAUUGCGAAUGUCGUAGUUCAUAGAGAUGCCGAAAAAUUAGGUAAUAAAGCAGAAAACGGUAUUCUUGCUGUAAAUGAUUGUGAAGAAUUGGAUGAGGAAGCACAUAGUCAUUCAAAUGGUUCUAACGAAGACCAACUUCUAUGUGACUUAUUCGAUGAUUGACUAUAAUAUUUAUAAGUUUUUAACAACUAUCAAUAAUGUAUUACCUGUAUGAAAUUUGUCGCUCACAACGUAAUAAUUGCCUGCACAGCACUAUAUGAAGCCAAUAACUCCAAGCCAAUAAAUUUGCCAAUUGUUUGAAUGACAUUGGUGUUUAAAGCACAUGGAAAUGAUUACAUAGUUUCUGCCGAAUUAACGUUUGGUAGUAUGAAAAUUUUCAAAUGAAAAUCAUUGUUUGUCAACAGAACUAUUUUAUGAUAUUCGUAAUAACUUUAUGCGAGAUCUUUUUACUCCUAUUUAAAAUAGUGGAAGAUAAAAAAAAUUCAGAAUUGUACAAUUUGGACAGUUACUUAGUUGAAUGAAUUUGUCUGUUUCUUCCACAAUUUUAAGUUUGCUAUAUGGUCUUUUUUAUAUAUCAUGAAUAUUUAUUUGUUUUUGUUGGGUUAAAUUAAUUGUCUUUCACUGUUGCAUGUUUUCUUGAUUUUUCAAAUUAAU